CACUUUCACUGUGGACUGAAGCCUGUGGGAAGGUGGCGUCUGGGCUGUAAUUGACUAAAGACCUUUGUGUGGAUUUAAACGACCCCCCCGCAGCUGGCGAUGGACCCGGGUUUGGUGUGCUGAGCGGCUGAGCGGGUCUGAGCCCGAGCCGUCGAGGUGUGUGGAGCUGGUGGGCGGCCAUGGAAGCGGCCGGAGGCGAAGACGCCAUCAGCUUUCAAGAUGAAGCUGUGGAUAAAAGCAUCUUUAAGGACUGCAACAAAAUUGGUUUCUACAGACGUCAGAAGCUACUCCCAAGGAAGAAUACCUAUCGGGCAUUACUGGACUCAGUCACAUCAGGCAAAGACAGCACCAAAUUCCAGAUCAUCAAUGAAGUGAAUAAGGUUCCUCUCUUGGCUGAAGUCUAUGGAAUCGAGGGAAACAUUUUCAGGUUUAAAAUCAAUGAAAUGGCUCCCUUGAAACCAAGGUAUGAAGUCUCUGACGUCCUUAUACAGAAGCCAGCCACCAAAAGGCUGACUCCAUGCCCAGGGGAUACAGGAGAUACAGGUACUCUGGUGCUGAAAGAUGAUUCAGGAGAUCUGAAGUUUCGCAUCACGGCAAACCCCUUCAAAAUAGAUUUGUCUUCUGAAGAAGAACCUGUGCUAAGCAUCAAUUCCAUGGGCCAGCUAUAUUUUGAACAUUUGCAGAUGCCUCCCAAACACAGACCUUCCACAGAAAGUGAGGAAGAUGCAUCCACUGAUCCUCCCCAGGAAAGUCAAGAUGAUCUGGGUCUUUGGAAAGAGAAAUUUGGCAAAUUUGUGGAUAUCAAAGCCAAUGGACCCAGCUCCAUAGGCCUUGACUUCUCCUUGCAUGGCUUUGAGCACCUCUAUGGAAUACCACAGCAUGCAGAGACUCAUCAGCUCAAAAACACUGGUGAUGCUGAGGCUUACCGACUUUACAACCUGGAUGUCUGUGGGUAUAAGCUACAUAACAAAUUGGGUAUUUAUGGUUCUAUACCCUAUCUCCUAGCACACAAACUAGGCAGAACCGUAGGAAUUUUCUGGCUGAAUGCCUCAGAUACGCUUGUGGAAAUCAACACACAACCUACAGUAGAACACGCGUCGUCUCCAAAAGGCCCAGUUUUGGCGAAGCAGAAAGUCAGGGCUCGAACCAAUGUGCGUUGGAUGUCAGAGAGUGGAAUCAUCGAUGUUUUUCUGUUGAUGGGACCAACCCCUGCUGCAGUCUUCAAACAGUACUCAAUACUUACAGGCACCCAAGCCCUGCCUCCACUCUUCUCCUUGGGAUACCAUCAGUGUCGUUGGAACUAUGAUGAUGAACAAGACGUCAAGGCUGUGGAUGCUGGGUUUGAUGACCAUGACAUUCCUUACGAUGUCAUAUGGCUGGAUAUAGAACAUACUGAGGGCAAACGAUACUUCACAUGGGACAAAAAGAAAUUUCCAAAUCCUAAGAGGAUGCAAGAGCUGAUCAAGAGCAAAAAACGCAAGGUUGUGGUCAUUUCUGAUCCUCAUAUUAAGGUGGAUCCCAUGUACUCACUGUAUUCUCAGGCAAAAGACAAGGGCUACUUUGUGAAAAAUAACAAAGGUGGAGACUUUGAGGGUAUAUGUUGGCCUGGGGCCUCUUCUUACUUAGAUUUCACAAACCCCAAGGUACGAGAAUGGUAUUCAGGCCUUCUUGCCUUCUCUGAAUAUCAAGGUUCUACUGACAUCCUCUUUGUAUGGAAUGAUAUGAAUGAGCCCUCUGUCUUUAGAGGGCCAGAGCAGACCAUGGAGAAGAAUGCUGUUCACUAUGGCAACUGGGAACAUAGAGACCUCCACAACAUAUAUGGCUUUUACCAGCAAAUGGCUACAGCUGAGGGACUGAUCCAGAGGUCUAAAGGGGAGGAGAGACCCUUUGUGUUGUCACGUUCUUUCUUUGCUGGAUCACAGAAGUAUGGUGCAGUAUGGACAGGAGACAAUGUAUCAGAGUGGGGUUACCUGCAAAUUUCCAUCCCAAUGUUGUUGACUCUCAGCGUUACUGGUAUCCCUUUUUGUGGAGCUGAUGUAGGUGGGUUCAUUGGUGAUCCAGAGCCAGAGUUACUGGUACGCUGGUACCAAGCCGGAGCCUACCAGCCCUUCUUCCGAGGCCAUGCCACCAUGGACACUAAGCGGCGUGAACCUUGGUUAUUUGGAGAGGAACAUACCAAGCUCAUCAGAGAAGCCAUCAAAGAGCGAUAUGCCCUCCUGCCUUAUUGGUAUUCUUUGUUCUACCAUGCACAUGUGGCUUCUGAACCGGUCAUGAGGCCCCUCUGGGUGGAAUUUCCAAAGGAAUUGGAAACUUUUGGUGUGGAAAAUGAAUACAUGUUAGGAAGUGCUUUGCUAAUACACCCAAUCACAAAAGCAAAGGUCACAAUGGUUGAUGUGUUUUUGCCUGGGUCUGAAGAGGUCUGGUAUGACUUUCGGACGUUUGUUCAUUGGGAGGGAGCACGUACUCUGAAGGUCCCCACAGCCUUGGAAAAGAUACCAGUGUUUCAGCGAGGUGGAAGUGUGGUACCAAUGAAGACUGCUGUAGGGAGAUCCACGGGGUGGAUGACCCAUCUUCCAUAUGAACUCCGUGUCGCUCUGGACACCAAGGGUUCUGCAAGAGGCGAACUCUACCUUGAUGAUGGGCAUUCAUUCCAAUACCUCCAUCAAAAGCAUUUCCUUCAUAGGAAGUUCUUAUUCUGUGAUGGUGUUUUGUCCUCCAGCUGUGCAGAUGAAAGUGGUCACUACCACAGCGAGUGUGUAGUGGAAAAAGUCCUGAUCCUGGGCAUCAAUAAGCAGCCCUCCUCUGUGACUGCCACAUCUUCUGACAGGACAGAGAAGCAGGUGGCUUUUACCUACUUCUCCAAAACAGCUGGGCUUUACCUGGAAAACCUUUCAUUGAAUGUUGGUGCUGAUUGGGAGAUCCAUGUCAAGUAACCAGAGAAGCAGGACAUUCAUAGCCUUUGAAGGAAAGUUCAAAGAGAACCGAUCUUAGAGGACAUCAAGAGCUCUCCAUAACUGCACUGCACUCCUGCCUGGCUUGUGCCGCAAUCUGAUUGACUUUCCCGGCUCAAAGAGACCAUUCAUUGGUCACAGUACAACCAGUUGAUGAAGGCUCAUGAUGAUAUUUCACAUUUUCUUUUCUUUUUAAUUUUUUGGGCAUGAUAGCUUUGAUUUCAUUGUAUCAGAAACUGGUGCUUUUCCUUAAAGCAAAUAACCUAGAAAUAGCAAAUUGCCAUCAUUGCUUAAUGUUUUUGGUAUCACAGAGUCGUGAUUUGGGAUGGCACUGUGCCAAGCAAUGUAACACAAUGAGCCCUCUCUCCUUCCUGUGCCAGGUGGAGCAGGCUUUAGAUAGAGGGACGGGUGGGCACAGCUCUGUGGGAUUUGUUCCCACCUGUGCCUGUCCCAGGCCACACCACUGAAGGGAGUCAUGGCCUUAGACAGCUGGGGUGCUGCAGGAAUUCUGCCACAUGUAUGUAUUGUGCACUCUGAAGUUAUAUCACACCCACUCUGGGAUAAGUGAAACAAAACCCUGAAUGGCAGCUGAGGGCUUUUUUGGUCUAGAAAUUGGCUUGAGGGGAGCAAAGAUAGUUCUCCCCUAAAUUAACCCAGGAGGGUUAAUCUCGAGCAUCCUCCCAGGCUAAAAAGCACCUUUCCAUAUAUCAGUGUUACUUUUACAGAUUAAUUUUAUUCAAAUGUUACUUUCCAACUCAAAGAGCUAUAGUGACAUAUCAAGGAGUAAGUGGGCCCCUCUGAGCCUCCCAUGUUCCUCCAACUUUGUCUCACACCACUCUAGAACACAGACCCUGUGUUCUGAGUCCUUGAAUUGUCCUCCAUAUAUAGCGUACUCAUUUCUGCUUGCAUUCCUUUGCUUCUAAUGGUCCCCAGAUAAUGUCCUCUUGUUCAUAUCUUGCUUACCUUUCAAAGUCCAGUUAAACUUUCACCUCCUCCAUGAAGCUUUUCCCCUUGUUCCAAUGCCCAAUAAUCUGACACUUCUCAGAAAUUCAGUGCAACAAAAUUAGUGCAGUGCUGUCAAUCAAUAAAAAGGGAAGUCAUUGAUUACAAAAAAUAACUCUGUAUCAAAUGUCUCUGAUAAUACUAAGAUAUACAGGGAAUUAAUACAGAUACAUGACCAAGAGCUUUUCUAAUAGAUAAGUGGUUAAAGGAGAUGAACAAAUAGUCCUUGAAAGAAGAACCACUAACUAUUAGCCAUAUGAAAGGGCAGCUAGGUGGCACAGUGCAUAGAAUGCCAGGACUGGAGUC